GGACAGGCCUUCGACGUGGGGCCGCGCUACACGGAGCUGCAGUAUAUCGGCGAGGGCGCGUACGGCAUGGUGUCCUCAGCCUCCGCCCACGUAACGAAGACCCCGGCGGCCAUCAAGAAGAUCAGCCCAUUCGAGCACCAGACGUACUGCCAGCGCACGCUGCGGGAGAUCAAGAUCCUGCUGCGCUUCCGCCACGAGAACAUCAUCGGCAUCAACGACAUCCUGCGUGCCCCCAGCCUCGACCAGAUGCGCGAUGUCUACAUCGUACAGGACCUGAUGGAGACGGACCUCUACAAGCUGCUCAAGACGCAGCAGCUGAGCAAUGACCACGUCUGCUACUUCCUCUACCAGAUCCUGCGGGGCCUCAAGUACAUCCACUCGGCCAAUGUCCUCCACCGCGACCUCAAGCCCAGCAACCUGCUCAUCAACACCACGUGCGAUCUCAAGAUCUGUGACUUUGGGCUGGCCCGGAUCGCUGACCCCGAGCACGACCACACAGGCUUCCUCACCGAGUACGUGGCCACACGCUGGUACCGCGCCCCCGAGAUCAUGCUCAAUUCCAAGGGCUACACAAAGUCCAUCGACAUCUGGUCGGUCGGCUGCAUCCUGGCGGAGAUGCUCUCCAACCGGCCCAUCUUCCCUGGGAAGCACUACCUGGAUCAGCUCAACCACAUACUGGGGGUGCUGGGGUCGCCCUCGCAGGACGACCUCAACUGCAUCAUCAACAUGAAGGCGCGAAACUACCUGCAGUCGCUGCCGCACAAGGCCCAGGUGCCCUGGGCCAAGCUCUUCCCCAAGGCCGACCCCAAGGGUGAGGUCACGGGGGCGGGGCUAGAGAGUGAGGGGCCGGCACCGCUGUGGGGGGGCUGCAGGACGGGGCUGAGGGGCACCUUGGGGCAGGGCUGCAGGUCAGGCACGAGGGGCCCUGCCGACUCCCCCGCUAUCCCAGGAUCCUUUGCCAGCGGCUCUGACCACCGCAUCGCGCGCCUGGAGGACAUUUUCCAGCGUUUCCCCGGGGUCCCCGUCAACAUCGAGGUGAAGGAGGAUGACGACGAGCUCAUCAGCAAGGUGGCCGAGCUGGUGCGUCGCUACGACCGCUUGGACAUCAGCGUCUGGGCCGCGUUCGACCACCGCGUCCUGCGCAAGUGCCACCAGGAGGAGCCGGCAAUGCCGUCCAUAGUGUCCAUGCGCCGCGCACUCGUCCUCGUCGCUCUCUUCUACCUCGGUCUCCUGCCCCGCACCCACGUCCCCGAGGCCUUCCUGCAGGUGCCCCUGCCCUCCAUCAUCAACAGGACCUACUUCCCAGUGCGCAAAGGCUGCCUGGGGGCGCUGAUGGCCAAGAUGCUCCAGAAGGUCCUCAUGAGGAAAGAGCUGUUUAAGCAGCUCCAGGACAAAGGGGUGAAGGUGAUCAUGUGGGUGCUGAACGAGGACCAGGACUUCGCUGAGGCCUUCAGCUACGGGGUCGAUGGGGUCAUGACCGACUACCCCACCCGUCUGCGCCGCUACCUCGACCAGCACCCGGCCCAUGAGCGCCCAGGGGGCUCCUUCUGGCUCUCCAAUAAACAGCCUGGACACACCUUGGAGGAUGGCUGCCCUCCACCCCAGGAACAGGCCUACGAGAGCAGCCAGAAGUACAAGGAGGGCAAAUUCAUCAUCGAGCUGAGUCACAUGGUCAAGGACAACGGCUGGGACUGA